AUGUGCAGAUCUUAUCAAGAACCUUUUGGACUUCCUAUUCGCUCAUUUAGGUUACCACACGAAUCCCAAGAAGAUGAUUUUCAAGUGAUUUUAGCUUGCUGGUGUGCUAGCUGUCUGACGUGCAUUCUUCUUGCGCUGAAUCGAUGUGCAGACAUGUCCGAGAACCGAAUACUAAAAGCGAUUUUUGAUGGAAAACGUGUGUAUUUCCUGCUACUUUUGUCGUUUGCCUACUUUUUGUUCAUCAUGUUCUUCACGACCCCAGCAUCAUUCAACUCAAAUUAUGUUUCGUGGUUUUUUAACCCUAUGACAGGACAAGAGUCGCUUGAGUAUGUCAAUAUCUUCCACGCCAUCAACAAUGUUAUCGUUUCAAUAGCGACAACUUCUAUGUAUUUUUACCUAUGCAUAAAAUUAUACCUCAGAACAAAAAGUAGCACCAUCAAAGUUGGAAGGUUUCAGAGGCAGGUUUUCAUUCAAUCUUUCCUUAUCUGCUUAAUCAAUGUAAUAGCAGCUUACAUCUAUGUAUAUAUGCAAUAUGGAUCUCCCUCUAAGUGGUUUGUUAUCACCGGACAAAUCGCAUGGCAACUGAGUGCAGGAUUUGUCUGUAUCAUCUAUUUG